ACGAAACCAGCCCAGCUGCUGGUUGCCAGCUCCGUUUUGCGUCGUGGGCUGCGGCCUGUGGCAGCGUUCCCCUUCGCGUCGGUUGAUCAAUGCGCGGGGCGCGUUGUUGCCGCGCUUCCGCCGCCAGGAGUGCUGGCGCUCGCGCGCUGUUGCCGCGUGCUCGACCCCUCCUCCCUCCCCCUUCUUCAUGCCUCUGCUGCAGCUGCCGGCGAGUCUCUUUUUCGUGCCACGACGGCAGCCAUUGAAGUCGCUAACGGACGAUCCGUGUCCGCUGGGAGCUUUGCUAGUCGUACACAUACUUUUGAAGUCCGCUUCCUUGCGAUCAGUUUCAAGGUGAACUUUGUAUACAAACUUGAAAUGGAUGAAAGUAGCCCUGGAAAAGAUACUGCAACGUGUGUUUCAGAUGCUUUAAUGGAAAAGGAAAAAUUUACCAAGAUGCAGGCAUAUUUGCCUCUUCUUGAAAUGAUGAUAAAUAUGCUGGAGGCAAAAGAAAGUGAAAACCAUAUUCCUCCACAACUGAUAAAAAUUAGAUAUAUGAAAACCCUUAUACUGGAAAAGAAAUUGACAACAGUUGAUUCCUUACGAAAAUGUGAAGGCUUCAUGAGAAAUUAUUGGCAAAAACUUCAGGGCCAGUUGGGAGAAAUUCCUGACAUGGUUUUUGAAGAUAAGUCUUCAAAAUCCAAUUCCACAAAGAAAGAUCCUUUAUCAUAUGAUGGGUCUGCAACAUCUUAUGAUGGUCCUUCACUAUCUUCUGAAGAUUCCACGGAAAGAACAUAUCAUGAUAGUGCACAACCAAUGCAAAAAGGUGGAAUUAAUAUUUCACCAUCAAAACAAGCAGAAUGUUCAGAAAGGAAGCAGAAUAUUUCCAUCCUGAACAAAGUGUCUGAAAGCAGAAGAAAAAACAAGAAUCCUAUUCAAAAGCUAAAUCAAAAUGCAAUAGGUGAUAGUUCAAAGUCCUUUACAAAGCAUCUGAUAAAAGACAGUCUUUUGUCAUCCAUUGAACAAAUUAACCUUCAUGAAAAUAAGGGGGAAAAAUUAAGAAUUGUCAAAAGUGAUGGUCAUUCCUCUCGGCUUUCAGAGUCUAGAAGUUUAGCUUCACCUAUGCAAGUGUCACCUGAGAGAAUGGUGCCAGAUGAUAAAAAGUCAAAUAAAUCUGAAAUUAAUAAUUUUCCUGAACUAAAUUUAUAUGUGAACAAAAGUUACUUGUGUGAAUCUAAUUUGAAUUUAAGUAAAAGCACUGCAAGGAAAGAAGUAACUUCUGAAAAAGAACCAGCUAAAAUUAAUUUACAAGAAAAUGAAUUUGAAAAAAAAUUGGACAAUUUUUUAAGCAGUUCCAAGAUGACUUCAGACAACAGAAAUCCUCAAAAAUCUCCUCUGAAUGUGAGCAGUGUCAAAGAAAAAUUAGAGUCUGCCACAGAUACACCUUUAAACAGCAAGACAGUUAGCUCUGAUGGUUCUAGCACUUCAUCCACAAUUUUGGGGAACAUGUCUGAGGAGGAACUGAAAAAACUUGUAACUGAAAAUUUAUCUAGUUUGCCAGCACUUCCUCCUGAAACUAAAUGUUUCUUGGAAACAUUGAAACAGCAUAGUGCAAGACAAGCCUCUGAUGCAGUUACUUCACCCAGAGAGAUUAAUCCAAGUGUUGGAUCUGACUUUGAUAAUGCUCAGGCAGUUAUCUCUGAAAACUGCCAAAAAAUUUAUCAGCCAUCGACAAGAGACCCUAGAAGACACUCCAAAGAUGGUCAGGUAGAGAAUAUUGUGGCCAGAGGAGGGAUAUUACCUACAUCAUCACCAAUAGGAAACCUAAGUCCACCACCUCUACCAUUACAUCAGUCCAUUAGUGACACCGUAAUGAGCACACAAAACUUUAUUCCAGUAAUAUCUCAAAGGGAAAGUUUUUUGAACAGGCAAAGUUUCAAUGCCCAUUAUGGUAAAAUGGAUAAUAUGACUAAUAUUCAACCGCUCUUACCCAUGACAUCUCCAGUUGAGCAAAGAAAUGUUCCACUUUUGCCUCAUGGUGAGCAAAUGGAAAAUGUUGGCAGGGUAGAUUUUCUACCAAAAUCUCCAGUGGAAAAUACGGGAAAUGUGAGAACUCUACUGCCAUUUCCGGUUCCACAGUUCAACAACAUGGGAAACAAGUUAAGUCCACGAGAUCCUAGACGAUGCAGUCAAGAUUCAAAACCUAAUAAUGUACCAGAUGUGCCACAUCAAAUUCCCAACAUGUGUGUGCAGGCUCCAGUAUUUCGGGGUGAUUGUAUGACUCAGCCAACAGCGAUGUUUAACAUGCAGCCGAAGAUGCCUGAGCCUUUGCUCCAAAGAAUAGAUUAUUGCCAUGGUAUACAACCACCUGUGCCAUACCCUCCGGAUAUAACACAUCCAGGGAGGUCUUUUCCUGUCAGCAAUGUCAAUCCUCAUGUGCCAAUGGUUACUCAGCGUCAGAUGUUUCAUCAGCAACACACCAACAAUAUUACUGUACCUAGGAGUAUGGAGAUUUCUGGAUACGUCAGGCCUAAUUUGCAUAAAGUUGUCCCCACUGGUCCUGCUUUCAACAACAGGCCUGUUGCACAAAAUAUUCAUGCACCAGUUUCAAAUAGACCCAAUUCAAAUCCUCAAGAAAAUUCACAUAAUGCAAGGAAGAAAGUUUUAAACAAUUGGAUGGAAGAUCCAAGAAAUGCCUCUAAACUGCCAUCACAGAUGUCAGGAAGAUCAAAGUAUUCACAAAGUUCUUGUAAAUUUCAGAGACCUCUUAAUAACACAUUUCAUAAUUCACAACACAAAAGUGGCGAUAAAUCAUCAGCUGACAGAAGAAAACAAGAUGAACAAAGAAGAAAUUCUUCAUCUGAAAAAUCAUCAAAUAAUGAUUCAAAAAAAUCUAGAGAACAUGAAAAGGAUUCUGCCAAGAGCAAAAAUGCAAGCCAUUCUGUGGCAAAAUCAGGUGCAAUUCCUAACUCUCCAGCCCCAAAUAAGAGUCUGUAUGGUGCGAUUAUAGUAUCCAAAGAUGAAAAGGGAAAAGACAAGCCUCAAAAAUUUAAAAUACCAAAGCUAAAAAAGACUGAAAGCUCAGAAUCAACUGUUGAUGAGAGUAAGAGUAGUUGUGAUAAAGGUGAGGAUGAUGUAACUCAUCGUCUUGAAAUGCUAUUUGAAAAAAAAUUAUCUGAUGAACUAAAGAAAAAAUUAUUGAAGGUGUUCACCAGCUCAAUCGGAAUAGAUCUUGAAGAAAUAGUUCGUGAUCCUAACAAGAAAACUGAAAACAAUGAAGUCAAGGGUAAGGAUGCUGGUACAGUGAGUAAAUGUGAAGCUAAGGAACUUCACAAAAAGAGUUCAAGCAUGAUAAAGAACGCCGAGAGAAAGGUAAAGAAAUUUGUUAUAAGUAGCUCUGAUGAAGACGUAAAAGAAGUUUCUGUUAAGGAGAGCACUAGUGAGAAAAAAAGUGUUGCCCUUGAUCAAGCUGCAAGCAAGAAGAGUGAACUUAAGAAGCAACCAUUGGUAUUGAGUUCUUCUGAUAGCUCAUGUGAUGAAAAAACAGAAAAGUCUUAUGUUGGUAAACUAUCGAAACGAGUUGAAGGAAAGAAAAUGAAGCAAAAAAUCUCUAAAAAUAAGUCGGCGGAUCCAAACAUUUCCAAAACAAGUGAUGCUGUUGGGGUUGAUAAAGAAGUGAAACAAAGCAAUUCUGUGGAAAUUUGUAGUACUAUAAAAGAAAACAUCAAGACUGCCUUAAGUAAAUUAUCUGAAGAGACAGAAAAUGCUGUUAAAGGUACAAAAAGAGUAAGAAAUUCAAGUGAGAGUAGUUUGGUAAAUGAAAAAUUAGAUUAUGCUGAAUGUGAGAUUGGAAGUGCAUCUACAUUAAAGAAAACCAAGAAAUCAAAGGGCAGUGUAAGAGAUACAAAUGGUGUUUUCUUAACCGAAGAACCAGUUGAUUCGGCCAACAUUAAUGUGAAGAAAUCAAGUAAAGAUAGUGAAAAACCAAAUAAGAGGACUUCUGAUGCACUGGAUAUUAGUAAGAAUAGUGAGGAAUUAGCUGCAAAGAAAAGCAAAAUAUCAAAAACAGAAACCCAGGUAAUUAAAAAACCACAAGAAGUAGCUGAUGAUCUUUCACAGAAAGAUUCCAAAAAGAUGACUGAAAAGAAGCUACUGAAAAAAUCAGUAUUGGAUGCCACUGACAGUUCAGAUGAUGUUUAUGAAAGAUCUUCUAGCGUCAAUGAAAAAGUAGCACUUCCAAAGAAGGCAGUUAGUAGUAAAAUCACUGAAGGAAAAGCUAGCAGUGAUAGUUCUGCAGAAGAAUCAGUUGAUUCUUCAUACAGCAUUAAGACUCGAAGAAAGGGAAAUGUAAGGACUACGAGAAAUAGUCUCGAUAGUUCAGAAGGUGAAAUAACAGGAAAAUUACAUUCAAAGAGAUUAAAAAAGAAGUUAUUGGUGAGAAAGAAGAACAAAACUCUAAUAGAUGAUAGUUCGGAAGAUGAGAGACUUGAAGAGGAAGAGAAAAAGAAACUGAAGAGAAAUAAACGUAUGAAUGGUCGACAUGCUGAAAUAACUGAAAAAUCUGGCUUAAAGUUUAGAAAUCUUGAAGAAAAUGAUUCAGAAGUUUCUGAUGGAAUUUCCUCAGUAAGGAGGUCUAAGCGUUCAAGUGGCUCUAAAGUCAACAUAUCAGUUCUCGGAAGUAAGAGUAAUUCUCUCAUAGAUGAUGAUAGUUCUGGUAAUGAAAUGAGUGAAAAUAAUAAUAGAGCACAUGCUUUAUAUUCAAAGCACUCGAAAAAGUCAAGUUUGCCAAAUUCUGAUGAAGAUAAUGGUGAAAGUGAACCAGAUGGAACCAGACAUAGAAUAGCUAAGAAAAAAUCUAAGAAGCACGUAAUUGAGUCGGAAUCAGAUGAUAGUGGUGAUUACAGGUUUUCAGGUAGAUCUAAAAAACUGAGUGGCAAAGAAAAUAAAACCUUGUCAGAAAAUAAAGAGCUUAAACAAAGUAAAAAGAAUGCAAGAAGGAGAAAUGCUCUUGAAAUGCUCCAAGAUGAUAUUAGGGAAAACAUAGGUAAUGAAGUUGCUUUGGCAUUCGGACAAAGAAAGUGUACAUUCAAAUCACAAUGUGAUAGAAGUGAUGAUGUGGUAGAAGUGGAAGAAGAAAAAAGAAGAGUUAGCAAGAAAAAACAAACAAACAAUAGAAAUGAUUCAAGAAAGUUAUCUGUGUCCAUAAAAAAUUCAUCAGAAGAAAGUGAUUCCGAUGAUUGUAACAGUGAAUUAGAAAAACAUAAUUUGUUGAAAUGUGGGGAAAAUAUCACUAAAGUUAAAAUUUCAAAAGGAAAAGAAUUUAAUAAAUUCACAUCUAAAGAGCUGAGGAUUUUAGCAAGAAGACCAUACAAGAAAACAAGUCAAGGAAUUGCUUUUUCACAGUUGAACUUCACAGAUUCUUUCUAUUUCUGUAAAAAUAAGCCAGGAAAGCCAAAAAAUUCAAGAAUUAAUUUGCAAGAUGUGAUUGGCAAGUUGUGGAGUAGAGUGUUCAAGCUUGGAAUGAAUUUUCAAAUGGAUUCAGAUGCAAAUGACAUACCAAAUUCAGAGGAGAAAGUUAACAAAUUUGAAAACAUUAAAUCAAUUGUUACACAUGGUAGUGAAAUGAAAUUGGAAGUGAAAGAAACAAUUUCCAUAAGUAAUACAGACUCUAAAACAACACUGGGAGUUGUAGCAGUUGGUGAAGUGAAGAGUAACUUAGAAAGUAGUUCAGACUCUCCUAAAGCAGAAUCAAGUGCUGAAACAAUUGAAAAAGGGAAUAGCAGUGAGGAAAGUAAUAAAGACUAUUCUAGAGCAGAAUCAGCUAUAGUAACAAUUGAUAGAGUGAAUAGAAAUGUGGAAAAUUCUGCAGAAUCUCAAGACAAGCUUCCUGUUCUAAAAGUGUCUAAAGAAAUUACAAGUUUACACAAUAAAAAUGAAAAUGAUAAUUGUCUAACAGAGGAGAAGGAAAAAAAAUUGGUUGAAUGUGAAUCACAACAGGACGGCUCAGUCCAUGCAGAUCAUUUGGAUGAAUUUGAGGAAGUGAGGGAUAAUUCUGUUGAAGGGGAAUCUCAUGAUGGCAAUUCAUGUUUAUCAAAUUUGGUUGAUGAAUGUGAUGAUACGGUUAGUAACAUAUCUGUAUGUGAUGAUUCAGAUGCCAGUGAGAAGGGAUCAGAAAUUUCACUGCUGGAAGGUGAAAGACUUGUUAAAAAGUGUGCAUCAAAGAAAUCCAAACUUGGGAGGACGACAAGAGUUAAGAGGAAGAAAAAAGUCAGUAACUGGCAGAAUGGUGUGAUUAAGAAAAAGGUCAAAACAAGCAAACAAUCAAAUGAAUUGGCAAAUGUUUGUCAAGAGCGUGCGGUUGAGUCACCGGCUUUGACGAAAGAAAAAUCACUUGACGAAAAAGUUGACAAUGAUGAUUUGGCAGAUCCUUCAUAUACAAUUGACGGGCGGGCCAAGUAUGACUGCAAAUAUUGUAAUUUUUCUGGUGUAAAAAUUGUUCCACAUUACAAACAAAGCCAUCCAGGUAAAGAGGUUUGUAUUUCACGCAUUUCAAAUACUCUAGCACUGAAGGCAAAAAGUGAGUCUCUAAAUGAUGUUAAUCAAGAACAGGAUGAGGAGGCAACAGAAAACACUAAUGUUAGAAGACUGAAGAGAACUUUUGUUUGUCGAAUUUGCCAUCAGUUUUCAGAGUAUAUUAUGGAUUUUUACUAUCACCUUACAACUCACACAGGUGAGUAUGACUUUGAAUGUGACUCAUGUUCAUAUUGUAGUAGCAAUAUGUCAGGUGUGAGACAUCAUAGUUUACUGCGUCACAAUGGGUUUUCAAGAGCGGUAGCUUUAAAAAGGGGCCCUUCACAUAAUGCAAAAUUUAUGUAUGGCUAUUUGUGUUCAGUCUGUAACUUUCUUCAGCUUUUAAAAGAAAAUGUUGAGAAACAUAUGGCUUUGCGGCAUCAGAAAGAUGAGAGUGCUAAAAUUUUUCGUAUCAACAUGUCCAUUCCUCUUGAAGAAAGCACCAAGGAAGUUACGUCUGGAAAUAAGUGUUCGUCCAAUACCCUCAGGAUUGCAGAUGAGCAAGAAAGUCACAAUGAAACGCACAACAAAUCAAUCGAAGAUGUUGCCGAAGACUCUGUUAAUAAUGUUAGUACAAACAUGGAAAAGCUCACAUCAGGAAGUCAGUCCAAGAGGAUAACGUCCAAGAAUGUUCCUGCUUCUAUGAAUCCAGUGGUGGUUUUGAAAGGUAUGAAACGUUUAAUUAAGAAAGGAAGAAACAGUUCUGGUCCUAAAGCAGUGAACGCAGUGACAGAGCAUGUAUCUCAAGAUGAAGGCUCAGUAGACGAAAGGAACUCGGUCGGGGAUGAGAAUGCAAUGGAAGAAGAUGAUAUUGCUGAUGAUGCAAGCGAGGCUGAAGUGUGCGAAAACCAAACUGAUCUGAAUGAUGUGCAAAAGUUACCAAGUGAGAUGACUGUCAAUCAAGUAACAACUGCAGAAAGUUCUGCAAAAAGUGUAGAGGUGUCUGCUGACUCUAAUUCCAAUUCAAAUGAAGGUUUUGAUGCGGAAACGUCUACUGCACGUGCAGAGGAUUUUAUUACCGAAGUGGCUGAAACUCCCCAGCAUCCUGUAGAUGAGGCAACAAGUGUUAACUCAGAUUCAGCAGAAAAGGAAGAUACAAUCAUUUCAUCUCAAGCUGUUGAGAGUGAGUUGCAAGAUAGCUGUGUAUCGGCUACAGCAGAGGAAGGCGUUGCUCCUGAUACUAACAGGGCAGUUACCGAAAAGGACAGUACAGAAAAGGUUGGGCAGUUUCUGGGCAUGGAUGUAAUUUCUCCAGGGAAAACUGGUGAUAAAUCACCAGAAAGAAGAGAUACUGUUCCAUUCAAGCGUAGUAGCUCACUACUGGAAAGAAUUGAAUUCUUGUGUGCCCAGAGCAAUGCAAGUGAAAAACAAAUUGAAGCCAAUCCUGUGAACAAACUUGCCAAGACAGACUCAAGCAAAGCAAAGAAAAAAUCGGCUGAAAAUGCAGAGAGGUCUAGUAUUACCACAAGAGCUUCUACCACGGCACGGAAACAAGUGUCUUGUUUAGAAAAUUCUGACAUAAGUAGAGUUGCAGUUGAAAAUGAUGGAGCAUUAAUAGGAUACUCCUUAAGUGCAACACCAGUUUCAUCUGCGUAUUUGGAAUCUGUUGUCCCUAGUGAAAGAAAUGAUAGUGUCUCAAGAGAUCAUCCGACAGCAGAUACAAGUGAUAACCUUGUAGAUAAUUCAGAAUCAGCAACUGCCAAUCCACCUGAACAUGAUUAUCAUGCUGUAGUUUCACCUUUGUUAGGCAUGGAUACUAUAGCUAUAAAGCAAGAAAACUUGGAGCCCGGAGACAUUGGAACAGAGGGAUCGGAUUCUGGCGGACUGGAGCUGUACGAUAUUACUAGCAUGCCGGAUCCAUCAGUUUCGUCCAUAUGCAUCGGUCCGAUGGAAGCGAAGAACGAAGGGGGAAGGAUACUGUUCUGUUGCCGCAUCAGCGGGUGCCAUUUCCAGUGUUCUCAAGUGGUCAAGUUUGCGUGCCACUACAACACGGAGCACGACAAGGCCUGGGACGGCUUCUGUGUGUUGUGCGGCGAAGUCAUCGACGGCAUAGCGCCUUACUGUCUGGAGCAAGCAGUGGAGCAUCUUCUUUCCUUCCACCUCACCUCCAAGCUGAAGCAAAAGAAUCUCUCCGGCAAGGGUAAGGCGAAGACGAGGCGCCCGUCUGCCACGCAAAGAACGAACAAAGUCGUAAGAAGCAGCUGCGCCGAUAGCACGACGGCCGGUGUCACCACGACCACGGCCUCUUCGGUCGUCGCGACCAGCACCUGUGUCACGGCCAGCAACGUGACGUAUCCCAGCAGCAGUCCCUCCACUAGUGCUACCACCGUCCCGGCGACCGGCGGCAGUAGUUUCACCGACACCCAAGCAGUUGCGGACUUGCUCAAGAACGCGGUGCUGAUAAAGAACGAGCCCCUAGAUGCCGAAGAAGCGGUGGUGAGAGACGGCGAAGCGAGGGUGAGAGACGACGAAGCCAGGGAAGCAGGGGUGGGAGGCGACGGUGACGAAGGGCGGGAACCUGAGAGAGAGUCCCCGGUGAAGAGCCCCGGAGUCCAGGCGCCGGACGCGAGGCCGAGGAUCCGUGUGCGGAGGAUCAGCGGGGACCGGCUGUCCGUGCGCACGGAGGAGGCCCAGGAGCCCCCGGCGGGCCCCACUGUGAGCCCCGAGGAAGUGCAGCCCAAGGUGGAGAGGACUGACGACGGAGAAUAUGAGCAGCCUGCUGCCUUAGACAAGGAUGUAUCUAGUGACGUUGCACCGAAACCAUCUUCCGCAUUGUGGCCUGAACUGAGCCCGGCCGUGUGCGACGAGAGUGUUCUGGAGAACAGCACCGGCCGCUGUUCCCCCGUGCUGUGGGGCGAGGGAGGUAAGACGGUGUCCCCUUCUCGUCUCUGGUACAAGCUGGUGUGGCCAGCUCAUGAGUUACGAGGUGGAGAAGCAUGUAAUUCUUUCCCCUCGAUAAGGAUAGAGAGUGUUGUUAGUCUCAACCCUGAGGCGAACAAACAAGACGACGGCGCCGCAGGGUCUCGGAGCCCCUCCGGGGGUGGCGUCACCAAGAAGCCGUGCUCGCGGCUGCAAGUGGACGCGCGGCUGGUGGCGCUCGGCAGCACGCCGAGUGCCGUGCGCCCCAAGGCCAAGGCGCCGGCCGCGCCGAGCGUGCUGAAGCCGCAGCCGAGCGUCAGCCCGAGCCGCGUGGCCGUGAUCAAGCCGCUGGGCAGCGAGGCGCGGCGCAAGGACGCGGCCCCCGCGCAGAAGACCACGACGGCCCAGCGCUCGGUGAAGAGCUCCAAGAGCCCGGACGCGUACCGUGCCAUGCUGGAGCCGGCGAAGCUGCAGCGGCUGUUCAAGUGCAUGCACCCGACAUGCGAGUUCGCGACGGGCGCGGAGGCGCGGUUCGUGGCGCACGCCCGCGUGCACGAGCGCGCGCUUGGGCCCGCGGCCAGGGCGCGGCUGCAGGACUGGAACCGCUGCGCCUACUGCUGCGAGGCGUGUGCGACGGCCGGCGAGCUGGUGGCCCAUGUGGCGCGGGAGCACGGCUACUGCCUGUACCAGUGCGCGUACUGCUUCUUCCGCGCCAUGUCGCCCACCUACGUGCUGCUGCACCAGAAGUCGAGCCACGUCCGAGAGGCGGUCGCCAUCAUCAUCGACCAGAGGCGACGGAAGAUGCCCGAGCUCAAAGACUUCCCCGACAAGAGAGAGAACAGGAAGAGCGUGGUGCUGCCUUACGUCUGCGCACAAGGGACGUGCGGGGCCAGGUUCUACCCGUGCGAGGACUACCUCACGCACUUGAAGACGGUGCACACGCAGGUCACCAUCUACUCCUGCCACCUGUGCGAGUGCAAGAGCAUGAAGCCCGACGCGCUCCUCUCGCACUACAAGUGGCACAGCCUGUACCAGUACCAGUGCAUGUACUGCCUGCACGGAGCGGACUCCGCCCUCGACAUGAAGCACCACCUGUGCACCUUCCACUCGGACCAGCCGAACCGCGCCAUCAUCCGCAUAUUCCAGGACUACACGCACCACUCGCACCGGCAAGUGGAGGACCUGCUCACCAUCGACCUGGACGAGGGCAUGGACUACACCAACCUGUUCGUGCAGUGCGCGGACGACGAGGAGGACCGCGGCGACGCGCCGCCAGCGAGCGUCGACCCUCCCCCCGCGCCCGCGCCCGUCCCCAACAAGCCCCCCAAGGCCAAGCGGCCCGCGCCGGUCGUCAUCAACCUGGAGGGCCACGACCUGUUCCACUGCGGCAACAAGGGCUGCAUCCACACGGCGGCCACUUCGAACGAGCUGCGCGACCACCUGUCCAUGUGCGACUUUGCGCGGGAGUCGGCGGUGCUGGAGUGCGCGCACUGCGGCAAGCGCCUGAAGGCCAUCGCGUCGCUGGUGGAGCACCUGCAGAGCCACGGCCCGGAGCGCUACUGCUGCAGCAGCUGCGGCUUCAAGGCGACGGUGAGCGCCGUGGUGGAGCGCCACUGCCGGCAGCUGCACCGGUACCCCGCCACGCGCGUGGAGCCCGUGUACACCGGCGAGGCUAACACCGACUCCAUGUGGUUCGUCGUGCGCCCGCGGGACAAGCGGCGGGCGGCGAAGGGCGCGAAGGGCCCCGAGAAGAAGUCUUACGAGCCCAAGGACAUCCACAAGCUGCCGGACAAGGACAUCUUCAAGGAGCAGGUGUCGUGCAGCAUGUGCUCGUUCGCGACCAAGGUGCGCGUGAACAUGGUGCGCCACCUGGAGAUGCACGAGGCGGAGAAGCGCUCCGCCGGCAGCGCCGUGCCCUCCAGCUGCCCGGUGAACCCCGUGCCGUGCCUGAACCGCGCGGAGAUGAUGUUCGACAAGAUGGAGAACCUGGCGGCCAGCUCCCAGGCCAUGCUGGGCGCGGACAGCCACCCGGGCUUCGUGCCGGAGCGGUUCCGCUACGUGUGCGGCGCGCCGGGCUGCCACUACAUGGGCUGCGACGAGGACAUGCUGCGCACGCACGUGCGCACGCUGCACGCCGGCGAGACGGACUACGUGUGCACGCACUGCGGGCGGGCGGUGGGCGUGGGCGCGGACCUGGCGGGCGUGCUGGAGCACCUGCGCAUGCACGGCGGCCGGCUGUACCGCUGCACGUACUGCGCCUUCUCGCACUACACGAUGGCGCAGGUGGAGAAGCACGUCACGGCCAAGCACCCCAACCAGCCCGUGCUGCCCGUCAUCAUCCGCAAGGUCGUCGACUGAGGCCUG